AUGUCAGCCAAAGCCCGAUUUGGGCGCCUUGAUGCGUUCACCAAGACGGUGGAGGAUGCGCGCGUGCGCACAACGAGCGGUGGCAUUGUGACGAUUGGGAGUUUGCUGGUCAUUUUGUGGUUGGCUUGGGGAGAGUGGGCAGACUAUAGGAGAGUCAGCGUGCGUCCGGAGCUGGUGGUGGACAAGGGACGAGGAGAGAAGAUGGAGAUCUCGAUGAACAUAACCUUCCCCCGCAUGCCGUGCGAGUUACUCACACUCGAUGUUAUGGACGUCUCUGGCGAGUUACAGAUGGGCGUAUCACACGGUGUCAAUAAGGUGCGGUUAUCGCCUGAGAGCGAAGGAAGCCACGCGAUUGAGAUGAAAGCCCUCGACCUGCACAAAGACGAAGCUUCUCACCUCGAUCCCAACUACUGCGGUGAAUGCUACGGUGCUCCUUCCCCUACUGACGCCCAGAAGCCCGGCUGCUGCAACACCUGCGACGACGUACGAAACGCCUACGCUUCUAUCUCCUGGUCCUUCGGUCGCGGCGAGGGCGUCGAACAGUGCGAGCGCGAGCACUACGCCGAGCAUCUAGAUGCGCAGCGCAAGGAAGGGUGCCGUCUUGAGGGCAGCAUCAAAGUGAACAAGGUUAUUGGCAACUUCCACAUCGCCCCCGGAAAGUCCUUCUCCAAUGGCAACAUGCACGUUCACGACCUGGAGAACUACUUCAAGGACGAGACGCACACUUUCACCCACAAAGUUCAUCACUUGCGCUUCGGUCCACAGCUAAGCGACGCCGUCAUCGCAGAUAUGCAGCAAAAGCACGCGAACACCGGACCCGGAGGCUGGACGAACCACCACAUUAACCCGCUUGAUAACACGGAGCAGCACACCACUGAGAAGGCUUUCAACUUUAUGUACUUCGUCAAAGUCGUGUCGACUGCGUAUCUUCCGCUCGGGUGGGAGAACAUCUCCGGACGUGGCAAGCACGAUGAAGUCCUUGGUGCUACUAUUGAGUCCAACUACAAGGGCAGCAUCGAGACACACCAGUACUCUGUCACGAGCCACAAGAGGAACUUGGCAGGUGGACCGGAUGAGGAAGAAGGUCACAAGGAGCGAAUCCACGCUAGGGGUGGCAUUCCCGGUGUUUUCUUCUCAUAUGACAUCUCCCCAAUGAAGGUCAUCAACCGCGAAGAGCGCGCUAAGUCAUUCUCCGGCUUCCUCGUCGGUCUCUGCGCCGUUAUUGGUGGUACUCUCACGGUUGCUGCGGCUGUUGACCGCAUGGUCUACGAGGGUGCGAACAGGAUCAAGAAGAUGCACUCCAGCUAG